CCCCGUUGCCGUCUCCUCCCUCCGCUUCUUCCUUCUCCUCCUACGCCUCCUCGCAGAUCUCCUCUGCGAUCACAAACCCUAACCCUAGAUAGAGAGGGAGAGGGAGAGGGAGAGAGAGAUGGGGAGCGACGCUCGGGGUUUCGCGUGCCUCGUCGCCCUCGCGCUCGUGUACGGCGCCAUGUCCCUCCUCGUCCACCGCGUCCUCUACAUGCGCCACGUCGCCCCCCUCGGCGCCGACGCGCCCCCCGAAGCCUUCUCCGAGGCCAGGGCCAUCGACCACAUCCGACGCCUCACCGUCGACAUCCCCGGUCGCCAGGAAGGACGGCCGGGAUUGGAGGAGGCGGCGAGGUACAUACGAGCGCAGCUCGAAGGAAUCGCGGCGCGGGCGGGGCCCAGCUACAGAGUAGAGGUUGAUGAAACCCUUGUUAGUGGAUCGUUCAGCAUGAUGUUUUUGCGCCAUAGAGUAACUCUCGCCUACAGGAAUCAUAAGAAUGUUAUUAUAAGGAUUUCAUCAAAUGUUUCAGAAGACCAUGAUCCAUCUGUUUUGGUGAAUGGACAUUUUGACAGUCCACUUGGAUCUCCUGGUGCAGGGGAUUGUGGUUCUUGUGUUGCAUCAAUGCUUGAAUUAGCACGACUUAUUGUUGAUUCCAAGUGGAUUCCUCCUCGACCUGUGAUUUUUCUUUUCAAUGGUGCUGAAGAACUCUUUCUUUUGGGAUCUCAUGGCUUCGUGAAGACACACAAAUGGAGCAAUACAAUUGGGGCGUUUAUUGAUAUAGAAGCAUCUGGAACUGGGGGUCCUGAUCUAGUUUGUCAAUCUGGACCUGGCUCUUGGCCUUCUCAAGUUUAUGCUCAAUCUGCAAAGUAUCCAAUGGCAAAUAGUGUAGCACAGGAUAUGUUUGGUAUAAUACCAGGUGAUACAGAUUACAGAAUUUUUGCUGAAGAUUAUGGGAAUAUUCCGGGACUUGAUAUCAUCUUUGUUCUUGGGGGUUAUUUCUAUCAUACCUCUUAUGAUACAGUUGAGAAACUUAUACCUGGCAGCAUCCAAGCGCGUGGUGAGAAUUUGUUCAACUUGAUCAAGGCUUUUGCAAAUUCUUCAAUGGUGCUGGUUGCCAGCGAAAGAUCUCAUAAAGCUGCUACAGUUGAAAGAAUAGAUGACCGAGUUGUCUUUUUCGAUUACCUAACUUGGUUUAUGGUGUUUUAUUCACGCGAAGUAUCUAUGAUACUUCACAGUUUGCCACUGGUUAUUUGCCUUCUCCUGCCAUUUAUUUUGCAUCUCCCAAAUAUGACCCUACACUCAUGGUUUGCAACCUACUUUGACUUAAUAAAAGGAAUAAUAUUCCAUGCUAUUGGUGUCGUUUUGGCGAUUGUCACUCCAGUAAUAGUUGCAGUUCUAAGAUUACUGUUCUCAAGACAUGCAAUGAAUUGGUUUGCUCGCCCAUAUUUGGCAUUCCUGUUGUUUGUUCCGAGCUCACUGGUUGGUUUAUUGCUUCCAAGGACUAUAUGGGGUUUCUUCUCAAUAUCUCAAGAUGUGUCACGCCUUGCCAAGUCAAAAGAGGCUCUAACUCAUGGGGUAUGCUUCUGGGGAGCUUUUGGACUAUAUGUGUUAAUAACUAUGGUCUAUCUUCUUACUGGUUUGAGUGGAGGAUUCUUGACGUAUUUCAUAUCAGCAUCUAUGCUUCUAUCAUGGAUCUCCUAUCAAAUAAGUAGUAGGCAUUGUGGUCAUCGAUCAUUCAAGUCACUGGCAGGAUAUGUGAUCCCUCUAAUACCAUGUCUCACAUACGGUAUGUACUAUGGUGGGUUUCUUGUCCAAUUUUUGAUUGAAAAGAUGGGGAUGAUGGGUUCUCUUCCACAGCCAUAUGGAUAUUUUGUGCCCGAUGUCAUAGUUGCAGCAGCGGUUGGACUUGUGACCGGGUGGUGUUUUGGCCCAUUACUACCCGUUGUUGGACAUUGGUUGGCCAAGUCUUCCAUUCUACAAUUCUUGUUGCAAGUUAUCGUACUUGCUUUGGCUCUAUCAUCGCAGUUCUUUCCCUACAGUCCUGAUGCACCGAAAAGGGUUAUUCUUCAGCACAAAUUUGUAACUACAGGUGCCAGUACCAUCGUGGACUCAAGCUAUGAAUUUUCCGUAGUUGAUGCCAAUUCAUUGGCUUUUACUUUCAAUAAUGCACCUGAAGUUGCAAAGUUUCUUAGGUCUAAUUCGGAGUUAUCUUACGAAGAGAAGUACCACUCCGACAGAAGCUCCUGGGUGGCAUUGUAUCCUGUAUCUUCCUUGUUCUCUGGAAGCUUAAAGUUCCCCGCACAGCCUGAUGAUAUUUUGGAGCAAUACAAACACUUCCCUUACUUAUCUAUUCGUGAGCCGAUAUCAACUUCUCCAAACGGACAUCGCAGGGUGCAGCUCGAACUUCGUUUAGGGUCAUUAUCAGAGAUUUGGACUUCGGUCCUCAACAUUACAGGCCCAUUAUCAAAUUGGUCUUUUGCUGAUGCCACACUCGCAGAACCUCAAACGGUAUCUGGUGGCCUGCCAUCAUACAUCUGUAGACUUAGCGGAAGUAGCAAUGAACAUUGGAGUUUCUGGUUGGAGGCUAACAGUUCGGAACCGCUGAGGGUGGAUCUCGCCGUGCUCGAUCAGUACCUCGUCGACAAUACGAAGAAACUGAAGAGCCUCUUCCCAAGUUGGGCAGAUGUUACUGCUUUCUCCACCUUCUUCUCAAGUUACUAUUUUUAGAAAUCAAUCAAUAUAAUAUAUAUAUAUAUAUUAUAUAUUUUCACUUUUACAUGAAUAAUUGAUUAUUCUGUUCUGUACAUUUUAGGUUUAACAAAACAAUAGAUAGCACUGUUUAAGUCAGUUGAGGCGACGGGAGUGUUUUCUCCCAUUUAGCUUCUUAACUCAGGCUUGCUGAUGAUUGCAGUUUGUAAUAGUUACAUUUAUGGUACACUUCUGUCUCAUUUUUUUUGAAUGAUAAAGGUGGUUUUUUUUUAAAAA